AUGGGUCUCCCGAAUGAUAUCCUCAAAGGUCGGGUACUCAACGACAUCAAGAAGUUCGAUCGCAAUCUUGUCGGAGAUCCAAAGAACGGUACACGGAGAAUUUCCGGACAACUCUUCUCCCCUCCUGACACUGUCGUGGCCUCGAGUACUACUUCCUCUUCUGCGACUGAACUACCAUCCGCCCACCCUGACCUGGAAGUUCCGCUAAACCUCUACUCUGUUCAGGCCUUUGAGUUCAUAGGCUUUACAAAAGAAACAUCGGAGAAGUUUCUGAAGAGGUGGACCUCUGAAGAUGAGCUUAGCUUCCAAGAAGUUCUCGAAGCGCACAUCGAAUACUUCUGCCACGACAUCACUGAAGACCCACGCACCACUAUGCAAGAGUUGGGGAUUUCAGAGACGAUACAGGAGAGAAUCAUGAAUUCCCGCUUCAAGGAUGUUAGAAAUACCGCAACUCUGCACUACUGGAUCCUGGAGCUUGUCCUCGAGAACCUCUGGACACUCGAGGACUUGAGUGAACGACUCAAUCGCAAUCUUCUCGUACCCCAAAACACCGCUUUAGGGCAGAGCGGUAUAGAUGACGAGUUAGCUGCUCUUACGCUGCAGUUGGAGGAGCUUGGUGUUUACUCGGAGGCUAAGAAAGGAAAGCAUCCUAUUGAUCAGCCACCAGACAUCGACGUUGCCUACAGCAGAUUUCAGAUCGAAUUGCAAGCUUAUGAGGACUUCCUUGCGGACCAGAAGCUUGCCCAGAGCAUUGGUGCGGCUGUGCACUCCGAUAGCGUCGUGAUUGAGGAUCUCACUUCCCAAGACGUUCAGGCUCGCGAGGAUCGUCGUUUCGCUUUGGAGCUGAGCAACAACGACCCUGAGAUUGAGGCCCCGCCCUUGGCCGUGCACGACCAUCUUCAAGGUGAAGUCCACGACUGGAUGUCCGCAGUGUCCGGUAAUAUUGCUGCUGCUUCGGUCGUCGAAUUCUCAGACGACGAGACAGAAGCUGGACCGGCCAUGUCCUACGUGGAGCGUCAGGCCGAUACCAUUAAGAAACUCUCUACAGAGUUCAAAUGUUGUACUUGUUACGACCAAUUCCCUCGUGCCUCUAUGGUAACAGCAAAAUGUGGCGACCGCUACUGUGUUGGUUGCAUGAAGGGUCUGUUCAUGCGGUCGACAAAAGAUGAGAGCCUUUACCCUCCUAGAUGUUGCAAGCAGAAGAUUCCGCUUGAUCUAAUUGCAAGGCACAUGGAGCCAAACGAACUGGCCACCUUCGAACUUGCGGUUGUGGAAUAUGCCACCCAAAAGAAGACGUACUGUAACAAUCCCGACUGUGCCACUUUUAUCGUCCCGGAUCGUAUCGAACCUGAUGUCGAUGUGGCGCUGAGUUCUGUUAUAUCUGUGGUGUUCGUUGGAAGGAGUGUACUUGCGCCAACGCAGAUCUUCAUCGCAUUGAAGAACGCGCCGAAGAGAUCGUGGAUCGAGACGCCCCGAACUUACUUCCCCAAGAAAGGCGCCAGCGUAUUGACAGAGUCUUCGCCGAGUUACAAGACAGGCAUGAAUGCGAGCAUUCUCGGCGCUUUGAGCGCGUCUUUUAUGGAGCGCCCAGAAGAGGCUUCCAAUGCGAGAUGUGUGACGCGCGCCAUCAUAAGUACAUCCUGCGAUGUCGCUAUUGCUAUGUCAAUGUCUGCGAAGAUUGUCGUCGCAACCGCAUCUGAUAAUGGAUUUGACUCGUCGGAGGCCGUUUCCACAAUGGCGACCAAAACACCCUUUGUUCGAGUAUACGACCCAUCAACUGAUUACCAGAAUGGUCUUCACGUAUUCCUGACAACUAUAGACCCUGGCCUCGACUGGGAACCAGCGCGAACUGUAGGCUCACACCUCUGGUACAAAGUCUACGCCGAUGUGACCCCAGAAACAUGUCACGUACUAGACGACGGUGACGGACGUGUGGUGGGUUACUGUAUCGGCGCAGUAGAUACAACGUCUUUCGCGCAGCGCUGGCGCGACGUGUUCACUGCGACCAUAGACCCAAAGCUCGUACCACAUCCGAAUGUUCAGACCGGCGACCCACAGAUGGAGAGACAGGAUGUGAAGCAUUUCCGAAAGGCCGUGUAUGAGGCAGACUGCAGCAUGCUGCAACCAUGGCCACAGAUGUUGGAACGUUACCCAGCGCAUUUACAUAUCGAUAUUCUGCCAGAGUAUCAGAGAAAAGGAUGGGGAUCAGCUCUUAUAACCAGCUUUUUGGACACUGCGAAGAGCUCAGGUGCUGUGGGAGUACAUCUUGACAUGGUGCAGUCGAAUACGAGUGCAAGAGCUUUUUACGAGAAGGUCGUCGUCUACGCCAUGCCACAUUCAAUCCAUCAUGAGUUCUACGAACCCAGCGUCCCCAAAAACGCUCCAAGUAUACAGGAGAGCUCGUCUGGAUCCAACUGGUUGAAUAGAGUUCAGCAAGGUAAAGGCCGUCGAUCAUCGCAUACCUUCAUUGCCUUGAAUCCGCAGGACCCAUAUGAGCUUGGUGGUACACCCGUUGAGCAGCAUCAAAAUGCCAAGUCGGCUCAACAGGAAACACCAGAGCCUUAUCAAAUGAUUCCAGAGGCCACGGUGGGUCUAAUAGCUGCUCUCCAGAAGUUCAACUACGCCCAAUUGACCUGCCGCCAGACCGAUAUUUGGCCGGGAGAGCAGGGCGUUCAAUUGGUAACAGCAGCUCAACAGGCUCUAGGAAAGUUUCCACCUACCACAAAACCAGACCCUCUCUCUUACGAUGGGUUCCUUCAGCUACUCAACGAUGAAGGACUAAUGUGGCUUCUGGGGUAUGUAGACCAACUAGACAGUAUGGCUGAUUUUUCUGUGGCACCCACCGCCGACCCCAACAAGAAACGAUGCAAAGUCGGGCGACCAAUU